AUCCGAGAAGACGCCGCGGCGGAAGAAGCUCACAGAGCAACAAAGCGACGCUAUGGAUAUGUUCGUGACACCAAAACGUCAGAAAAAUGACGUUACUAGCGCUUCCAUUCAUAGCGGAAAAUCGUGAAACUAUCGGUGUGUACAACUCGUUCGUGGCUAAGCUUUUCAAACAUGCGAAGUUGUGUAAAAUAUACAAGCUUUGAUAACGAAACCAUUAUGUAUUGAGAUAUAAUGUUGUCGAAAUAAAUUACAUUCAUAUAAUUUUGAACAAUAUUUAGUAAUAUUUGUUAAUUAUUUCAUAAAUAACUAAUGUUUAUUCACACGAAACAAAGACCUCUUUACUUAUAUAUUUAUACGAAGUAGUUCUAUGGCACAUAAUACGCGUCCACGAGAUUAAAUUGUCGGUGUCUCAGUCGCUUAAAAGAAUUCUUGAACCUAUCAGAAAAAUGUAAAAUAACAAAUACACGAUAAACUAGGUCGGAAUAUCCACACACACUUAUUGUUUGCAUUGAUGUAAUGAACUUGAAUCCCAGAGUUGUAAGAGUGGUAGUUAAAUGUUACAAAGUAUUUUGAUCCCUUUCUCUUUCUUGGCAAGGUGCAGUCCGCUUUAUCUUUCAGAUCUAGAGGUCACGGGUAUCUCCCGCAGUGGCCGUGUGAGAAAGAAAUCUUCCAAGCUUGUUGACUUCGAGUCACCAGAUGAUUUUGCGGAUAGCAAGUACAAACGUCAAAAAGCUCAACAAUUACAAAAUCAACAAUUCUUGGACAGAUAUGAGUCACAACGUAUAUCGCCAAAUCAGUCUAUUCAACAUGGAAGCGGUGGACGACAGAGGAGAAAUUCUAAUUCUAGUACUGGACAGGAAAGAAUGAAAACAGAAAUAUUAUCAGAUAACGAAGAGCAGACUUCGGAAACAGAAUCCGAUGACCCAUCCGGAUUAAAUGAAGAUGAAAGAUAUAGUAUAGACUCUGGAAGCGACGAUGAAGUAGAUUCUCUUAUGAUAGAUGAUAGAGAAGCAGGUUUUAGAAAACUUGAACCACCUGGCCAAGAAACGCCUUCGCAAGCAAACAGUUUAUAUAUGCUUGAGAAAUGUAAGAAAAAACUAAUUAUUAAAGAUGGUAAAAUAAUAGGUAGAAUGAAGGCACAACGAAAAGACAAAGGGAAAACAAGAUUUACUGCUUACAUGUUAUGGGCUAAAGAAAUUAGGCAGGAAUUACUAGAGCAGUGUCCUUAUAUGGAUUUUGCAGCAAUUUCUAAACGGUUAGGAGAACUAUGGGCAACUGUUCCAAAUCUGGAAAAAUAUAACUGGCGCAGACGCGCAAAACGCUUGGCAGCAAAACCUCAUUCUUUACCUGCGAGUAAAGAUGAGCCUGUUUGGAAAAUGCCGCCGCCUGCUUCGCGAAAAAAAUUCAUUAAUAAGAUUGGUAAUGGCAAAGAGCAAAAGCCUGCUACGUCUAAAAACACUAUUCAGCUAGGUCUACCGUCCGUUGUAGGGAACGUUCCGGUAUCGCCACCAUCGAAUCGAACCGGGAAAGAUCUGGUUAACGAACCAAUGAUAGGCACAGGAAUGUAUAAAGUUGUUGGAACGCAACCCAUUGAUGUAGCCGCGCAUCUGAAACUUCUUGGUGAGAGUUUAACGAUCAUUGGUGAAAGGUUGAAAGAACACGAUGGACAAAUCGCAGUUUCGGGCAGUCUAUCGGUUUUGCUGGAUUCUCUAUUAUGUGCUCUGGGUCCUUUAAUCUGUCUAACGCAACAGAUACCGGAAACUAAUGGAGCUAAACACGAGACACUUUCGCAAAUGCUCGACAAUAUUGCAUACCUUAUGCCUGGUUUGUAAUAUAUGUAUAAAUAUUAAGGAAGUAAUUUGUAAUAAUGUACAAUGUAAAUAUAUCUAUUCAAUAGACAUAUAUUAUUAAAAGGAUAAAGAAUACAAACUGAAACGGUAUGCCUUUUGUUUGCUAAGAAAAAGAACUAAGUUUUCAAUCAAGUCUCUGUUAUAUUUUGUCUGCUUGUAAAAGUAUAACAUUUUAUAUAAAUAAUAUGUUUGUACAAAAAAUUACAAUAAAUAUUUAAAUAGUUCUA